AUGAAGUUGGGAUGGAGGAGACUGGGUUUAGUUUUGGGGGGCUUGGGCCACACCACACCUCCCCAACCCACCCUAAAAAAAAAAAAAAAAAAAAAAACCCACCCACUGCAACGACCACCCUCACCCAAUGAUGCGAACGGACGCGACCAGUGCAAACAUUUUGGACCUUUCGGCGUAAGGAGAGGGUCCGCUCGGUCCACUUUUGGUGGGUUUUCGAGAACAAUAUUCCAGUCGUGUCUGCUGUGGAACGUUUCGUCGCUCCGUCGCGCCCCGAACUCUGGUGGGCGACACAGUCAUGUUUUGAGAGCUGUUUGGCGGGGCGGGGGGGGGACCAUGCAAGGGCAUCACAACAGACGCGUGGCGCAUCUCAGGUUGCUGCUGCUCUGCGCCUGCGUCGCCGUCCUCAUUUCGGGAGCGCGCGCGGGUGGGAAGAAGCACAGCGGUCCCUGCGGAGGAAGAGACUGCAGCGGAGGCUGCAAAUGUUUUCCCGAGAAGGGUGCCAGGGGUCAACACGGGCCUGUCGGCCCCCAAGGCAUCCCGGGGCCCCCGGGGAGACCGGGCGAUCCGGGCAUCCAAGGCCCAAAGGGGCACAAAGGCGAUUCUGGACGUAGCGGCAUCAUUGGGCCCAAAGGAAACACGGGAAUGAGUGGCAUAAGCGGCUUCCCCGGAAGCAACGGAAUUCCGGGCCACCCGGGACAUCCGGGACCCCGAGGGAAGCCGGGAGCGGACGGCUGUAACGGGACGGCGGGAGACUCCGGCAUCCCGGGUCAAACGGGCCGGAAAGGAGCACCCGGUUUUCCUGGGCAAGCGGGCAGGAAGGGGGAGAAGGGCGACACCUUGGAUGUGACCGUCUACAUGCAGAGAUUCAGGGGAGACCCGGGCACACCGGGACUCAAUGGACUACUAGGUCCUCCUGGUAACAGAGGAUGGCAGGGAAACCCGGGCAUCCCAGGACCAAAGGGUCCACCGGGGCCCCCGGGUCCUCCCGGAACGAAGGGCGUGACGAACGUGAUCAAGGGGAUGAAGGGCGACCAGGGGGAGAUCGGACCCCCGGGACCUCCGGGAAACUCGACUCACCCCCACAGUCAGCUCUCUUUCGGACCGUUGGGCCCACCUGGACCGAAGGGUUUUAAAGGAGAAAGCGGCGAUCCGGCCGACAACAGAGGAGAAACCGGAAUCAUGGGGUUCCCCGGAUCUCGGGGUCCACCUGGUACACCCGGGAGGCCUGGACCACGGGGGGACGCGGGGGAGCAAGGACUAAUAGGCAGAGAUGGUCCAAAGGGUGUGAGGGGAGAGGCGGGGGAACUGAUUUCUUCAGGAUCGUGGCCCUGGUCUUCAUCAGCUGGUGCCCGUGGUUCACCCGGUGAGGAGGGACCCCAAGGGGAGAGGGGCCCGGUCGGCGAUCAAGGCAUUCCUGGACCACCGGGACGGCCCCCGUCGUACACACAGCAACAAGUGUUUGAUUACGGCGGGCCAUUCGGAAGAAAGGGGGAGUCAGGAGAGAAGGGCCAACAGGGGGACCGAGGAAGUCCUGCGGCCAGCGCAGGACCACCGGGCAACCCCGGUCGCCCAGGUGCCAGAGGUCCUCCGGGCCCCAAAGGAUCAUGGGAAGAGUUCUUCAAGGGGUCUCCUGGAAUUAGAGGAAGGCCUGGAAAUGCAGGUUUCAAAGGAGUCAAAGGUGAUCACGGGCAAUGUGAAUGCGCCGUUAACAACUCCCCACCGGGGCCGCCGGGGCCGGUUGGGGACACCGGUGAGCCUGGGAUGAUGGGAGAGUUUGGACCUGAAGGUGACGCUGGAGACCCGGGACCCUCAGGAGUGGAUGGAUUGCCGGGAAGUCCGGGGGUCAUUGGUGAGCCAGGUCCAAGAGGCAGAAAAGGAGACACGGCUGUGGCCACGCAGAAAGGCUAUCGUGGCGACCCUGGAAUUUCGGGGCAAGACGGUGAACUGGGAAAGCCCGGAUUUCCAGGCCGAGACGGUGUGCCUGGGUUUCCUGGGACUCGUGGUCUUCCUGGAGAUGAUUCCAGAGGAGAGGUAGGAGAAAAAGGUUCUCCUGGUGUACCAGGACGAGCUGGAGAACCUGGACUUAGGGGAGAGCCAGGUCCAGAUGUUGAUGGUAUCAAAGGCCAGCCCGGUUUACCCGGUGAUGCCGGUCUGGACGGUUAUCCGGGAGUCCCAGGAACACCCGGUAGCCCAGGUGGCUGUAGUCCGACGGGAGCUGAAGAGCAAUGGGAUGUAACAGGUCCUUGUGGCACUUUCCCAGGACCUCCUGGCCUGCCUGGUUCUUCUGGACCCAGAGGAGUAGCUGGUCUUGCAGGUCUUCCAGGUGAAAAGGGUCUGCCAGGUCUGUUUGGACUACCAGGAGAUAAAGGAGAAAGAGGAGACAACGGACCUGGUGGUCAAUCUGGACUACCGGGUUUUCCUGGGCCCCGCGGUGAUUUGGGCCUGCCCGGCAGCAAAGGGUCUGUUGGAUCCCCAGGUGUGCCUGGGCGGCUCGGACGGAAUGGAGCACCCGGGGAUAAAGGUGUCCACGGGGAAAUAUUGGGCGCAUUCCAAGGACCCCCUGGCGAUCCUGGACCGCAUGGGCUUCAAGGGAGCAAGGGUUUCGCUGGAGAUCAGGGAGAACGAGGUUAUCCGGGAAUGGCGGGCAUGCCUGGUAUGAUUGGCUCUAAAGGCAACAGUGGCCCUCCAGGCCUGCAGGGGGCGGAAGGAAGCCCUGGACCACCAGGCAAUUUUGGCUACCCUGGUGAUCCUGGCACAGCCGGUCCACCGGGGCCGCUGGGUGACGUGGGACAACCAGGCUUAACUGGCGAAAGGGGAACAGAAGGGAACCCAGGACCUCCAGGUCCAUCUGGAAUAAAAGGUUUACCAGGGGAACUUGGUGACUAUGGGUUCCCUGGGGAGACCGGCUCGCCAGGUAAUGCAGGACAGCCAGGGCUAGACGGAAAACCAGGAAUUCCAGGAAUGAAAGGGUACAAAGGGUCUCGUGGCCAGUCCGGCUUUGGCGGUGUAUCUGGUAAUACUGGCAUUAAAGGAGUCAGUGGGAUAAAAGGAGACACUGGAUUACACGGCCAAACCGGCCCAAAAGGAAUGAUAGGCAAAACUGGAGAAAAAGGUGAUCGCGGGUUAAGGGGCCCACCUGGCGAGAAACCAGAGAUCCCUGCAAAGAUGAUUGCCAAAAUGAAAGGAACCAAGGGAGAACGUGGAAACUUCGGAAAUCAAGGCUUCGUCGGACCAAGAGGCUCAAAGGGUCUCCCUGGUGUUCCGGGGCACGAGGGAGGUCAUGGCUUUCCUGGUGAGCCCAGUCAAGAAAAGGGUUUCCAAGGAAAUCCAGGGGCAGAAGGACUGCCUGGGUUCAAAGGAAUGCCGGGCUAUACCGGGAAUAAAGGAAUUUCUGGCUUUGACGGGAUGAGUGGUGGAAAGGGGGUCAAAGGAAGUCCUGGUGCCUAUGGCGCAUCAGGGGACAAGGGCAAGAAGGGUAUCAAAGGUGACAGUGGCCUUCGUAUAGACAUUCCAGGAGUAACUGGACUGAGAGGAGAGGUUGGUUCUACAGGAGACCCAGGUGAAACAGGAUUACCUGGACUUAUUGGAGAUCGGGGACUCCCUGGAUUUGAUGGUAUCGAAGGGAAAAGGGGACAGUCGGGUGAUCCAGGCGAUGUUGGAUAUCCAGGUUCCGAUGGACAGAACGGAACUCCUGGCAACCAAGGUCAGAAGGGUUUUGUUGGGACACCUGGAACAGAGGGGCAGGCAGGUUUCCCAGGCUUUCCAGGAGUAAAAGGCUUCCCUGGUCUCAUUGGUCUUUAUGGAUUAGAUGGUCUGAAAGGACAAAAGGGUGUCUCAGGAAUCCUAGGUUUGGAUACUACUGGACCAUCUGGCAACCCAGGACCCAAAGGAGAGAAAGGUGAUGAAGGCAACUCCAACAACCAGGUGGGAGUUCCGGGCGUUGCGGGUUCAAAAGGCUCAGAAGGAGAUGUUGGUGACCAAGGCCACCCUGGACCAUCAGGAAUCCGUGGGCCAGUAGGACCAGAUGGCAAACCAGACAUACCAGGACCCCCUGGGGAUCAGGGAUUUCCUGGACCUCGAGGAUUCCAUGGUUUCCCUGGGCCCAGAGGGUUUCCUGGCAGUGACGCCCGCCCUGGAGAAAAGGGUAUUUUUGGAACACUUGGGGAUCCUGGAGUUCCCGGUAGUAAAGGGUUUAUCGGAGAUCAAGGCCCAGGUGGAUACAGGGGACCAAAUGGGAUCUCUGGGAAGAAAGGUGAGAAAGGGGAACAAGGAUCAAUGGGGAUUCCUGGUCUGUUUGGAAACAAGGGAGAAAGAGGACCAUAUGGCCCUAAAGGAGAUGCUGGACCUCAAGGUUUCCGUGGGCUUCCGGGAAACCGGGGUCCAACAGCACCGCCCAGCAUAAUCCCAGGAGAGAGGGGCCUUCCAGGACCACAGGGUAUUCAGGGACCGAGAGGCAUCCAAGGACAACCAGGAUUAGAGGGAAUUCCUGGGGAUGCUGGAUUUGUUGGGCCCAUCGGGCAGAAGGGCAUGCCCGGAAUUGGUGGAAGAUCGGGAACGCCUGGAUUCCGUGGAGAGGAAGGUCAGGUGGGGCAUGCUGGUCUGCAAGGGAUCGAAGGUAACCCGGGUAAACCGGGUAUCCCCGGCUUACCCGGCAUGCCCGGCCGCAGUGUCAGCGUGGGUUACUUGUUGGUCAAGCACAGUCAGUCUGAGCUGACGCCCAUGUGCCCUGUGGGGAUGUCAAAAAUAUGGGAUGGAUACAGUCUUUUGUAUCUGGAAGGCCAAGAAAAGGCUCACAACCAGGAUCUUGGCUUGGCUGGCUCCUGCCUUCCACGCUUCAGCACCAUGCCCUUCCUGUACUGCAACCCCGGAGACGUAUGCUACUACGCCAGCAGGAAUGACAAGUCGUACUGGCUGUCCACCACCGCCGCCCUCCCCAUGAUGCCCGUGGAGGAGGGUGAGAUCAAACCUUACAUCAGCCGCUGCUCGGUGUGCGAAGCCCCGUCAGUCGCCAUCGCCGUUCACAGCCAGGACAUCACCAUCCCGCAGUGUCCCGCUGGAUGGCGCAGCCUGUGGAUCGGCUACUCCUUCCUCAUGCACACGGCAGCAGGAAACGAGGGCGGCGGUCAGUCGCUCUCGUCACCCGGAUCCUGCCUGGAGGACUUCCGGACGUCGCCGUUCAUCGAGUGCAACGGCGCCAAAGGCACGUGCCACUACUUCGCCAACAAGCACAGCUUCUGGCUCACCUCCGUAGAGCAGUCUUUCCACGCCGAGCCGGCAUCAGAGACGCUCAAAGCGGGCCAGCUCCUGUCGCGCAUCAGCCGCUGCCAGGUCUGCAUGAAGAACUUGUGAAAGGAGACUCCCAGUGUAAAUUAGUCAUCCGGCCAUCUAUCGGUAUAAAAGACGACAGCCCUGCCUGAGCCACCGAGCUCUUACCCACAACGACUGUUUGGUGCCUUGAAACAAGUACGUUCGUCCGAAAUGUCUCAUGGUGCUUACUGGUUUAACUUAUUACCUCAGGCAAUCACACAAAGACUGUUCUUUGCUACCGUUGCACUGCAUCCAGCCUUAUCUUAAAAGCCACUAACUGCUUUUCCACCAGGCCUUCACUAUUAUUAUGAUUUUAUUGUUUUUUACUUCCAACAAGUCCUAUCCGUGUCAAAUAUACUUCUCAGUAUCUGUCAUUAACUGCGAUGCUUCAUACCCUUCCAAUGCACUGAUUCGUAUUUGAGUAUAUUGUCGAUAUGAACUUGACCGAAGAGAACUAGAUUUACAGGCUCACUUUCCAAAUCAGCUCAUCACAGUACAGCCUCGGUUCCCGAGCGUCCCCGUUCGCAAACAAUUCGGUUUUCGAACGAAAAUGUUUGGCUUCGGUUUUCGAAUGAAAACCGGUACUCGGACGGCCCCCGGCAAAACCCGGAAAUAACAGAACGCGCGGGGCCAGACCGGCGAACCCCCCACGACGGGGGUUUGUUAUUGUGAAUUCGAACGAAUCCUCAGGGGGAAAAAAAUAAAAAAAUAAAAAAAAUAAAUAAACGAAAUAACAAAACUCGCGCGGCGGUUGAUUCAGUUUUCGAACAAAUCACUUCUCUAACCGCCUUCUAGAACGGAUUCCGGUCGAGAACCGAGGCUCUAUUCUAUCAAUAUAUCAAUUCAUCGUCCUUAGGUAACCGUUUACUUAACAGGGUGAAUUAGCAAUCUAUAUAAAUUCCACCGUGGACCAAACCACAUUGGUGGAAAAAAUAUGAUACAAAGAUGAUAAAUUAUGACUAUAUUAUUAUUUGUGUUCAAUACUUUGGGGUAUAGAGCUCGUGCACCUAUGCCAUAACAUCGCAUCACUGGCCGGAAGUGCCGGUCUAACAAAGCAAAAUGUUCAAUGCUAAGUCGGUUGGUGACGACGCGGAAAUAUGUCUUGUAGCACGAUUUUGCCCAAUACCGUUAAGACAUUUAGAAGGUGGCAAUAAACGACGGUACGUGGAAAAAUGAGAUAAAACUCUGGAUUGAGGACCCGUAUUUAAUGCCGAAGUUUAUGUUUUCGCCGAUAAGAAAUUGGACUAUUAAUUCGCUUCCGCUCGUCUUGGACAACUGGAUCUACACGUGGAUGUGGUGAGGAAGUCGUCGAGAUUUACACGGAAGAGUUUGAAGGCGUAGAAAAGUCUGGACGUAUACAAAUACAUCGUUGCUGGAUCUAGAAUUCAAUACAAAUACCAUUAUUUGAAUAAAUGACCCCUGGUUUUACACAAACUCACAUUCAUUAACUAUAAUUGGGGGGAAAAAAACAAAAAGAGGACAGAGUAAUCUCCACAGAACGUACACGGAAGUGAUUGAGGCCACACAUUAACCACGCUGCUGAGACAGACUGUUUCUUUUCUUUCUUUUCUUUUUUUUUUUUUUU